AUGGCCCCUGGUAUCGUCUCCCCAGUACCGGGUAACCACCACUCCGCGUUCUACAACUUCUUCCACGGUGGCUCGCGGCAGGUAUCCGGAGUCUCUGGUGCCCUCGAAAACGACAACAUCUCGCAAAAUGGACGCUCUUCUUCCCGGCGGGAAUCUUUCAUGCCACGCAAACCUAAUGGAGCAAAUGCGUCUAAUCUUACAAGUGUUGUCCAGUCUCUUUAUCGCCGUAGCGGUGACGAACUCGGUGCCUCAACAUCUUCUAAGCUUUUGAACAGCACCUAUCACUCUCUUGUGGAGUGGAUCCGUGUUCAGCGUAUGAGCCAUUUGCCCCCAGAAGGUAGCAGUUAUGAUAAGGUUCUGGCUUGGGCGCAGCUCUUUAUUGAGCGCCUUCACCACUUUGAUGAAGCUAUUCACGAUUUUGCCGGGGAUAGCGGUCUUGCCACCCAGCUAUCUUACGGUUACUGCGGCAUGCUGCUUGAUCUUGGCAAGGAGAAUGCCGACGCUUUGAUGAUCUCUUUCGGGUUCUUCUAUAGCACAUCUUCAACAUUGGUAAAUUUGCUUGAGCGCACUGAGCUUUUCGCUGUAUCGCAGGAAAUCAAGGAGCAGCUGAUUCUGGCCCUUGCUGAUCUGGUUACAUUGGUUCACAGUGUCUCAACUCACUUCCACCAGGCUAUCAGUGGUUUGACCACUGCUUCUGUCUCUGUCAAUAUCUAUGAUACUUUUCCUGGCCAGAUCCAGUCUUUCAAGGACCGAUGCAGAAAGAUUGCGGAAGCCAUGUGGCGCCAUCAGCUGUCCCGUGAGAACAUUGAUACUGAAAAAGGUAGAUUUACCUCAAUAUUCCUGCGAGCGAAAGUCAAUUGCUUACCCGAAUCAUCUCCAGUGUCUUUGGUCAAGUCUGUUCACCAUUGGCUCGCUCCUGAGGAUGGUGUUCUAGCGCGUCUAGCGGAGAACACCUCCCAUCUUGCUCAUGAGCGAGAGGAGAAUACCUGUCUUUGGGUUGGCUCAGCAUUGUCACUCUUCCUGAAGAAACAGACCAAGACGCUAGCCUUCAGCGGCAAGCCUGGAUCUGGAAAGACCGUUGCAGCUUCCGUCCUUGUCGAUCGCCUGCAGGACCCCAUUGGCAGCGUCACUUAUAAGACCUUAUUUGUUCCUAUUAAUGCCCGAAUCCCGGCCGAGGCUACUGCUAUAGCGGUUGCUAAAACUAUCCUUCACCAGCUGUUCGAAAAGCGCAUUGGGAACAUUCAGCUUCUUCAAAUUCUAAGUGAGGCUUACGAGCAAAGUAGAAAGACCACUUCUGAAGCUGAAUAUGAGGACCUUCUGUGGCACGCUUUGCACCGAACCCUGGGAGCGGCCAUGCGAGGUUCAAAAGAGCUCAUCAUCAUUGUCGAUGGUAUUGAUGAAGCCACUUGUGGCGAAGCCCAUCUCUUUGAAAAGCUCACCAAUGCUGUUGCCCAUACAGCUGCGGUCAGAUUGAUCACUCUCGGUGGAGAGAAGCCAAAGGAUACUACGAACGUGCUACAUGUUCCUAUCAAUGAGGAGCGUAAUGGCGAGGACGUCUCCAUCGUGGUGCGCAGCAACCUUGAGCACAGCAAGGUCUUCCGAGAGAUGUCUGAACUGGAACAAGAGACUAUCAUUGACGAGAUCUCUGAGGCCGCCCAUGGCUCGUUUCUUUGGGCAAAACUCUGUGCAAAUAGUAUUCGUCACGAGCACACUGCAGAAGAUCUGCACAAGGUCGUUGAGACUGUGAUAAGCAGCAAGCUCACCAUCACUGACUUCGUACAAAGAGCCAUCUCAUCGCACGAUGUCACCGAUGAUGCUCGUCACAUGCUCCUUUGGCUUGCCACUGGUGACCGGCCAUUUCAAGUGAAGGAGCUUCUCCUUCUGGCCUCUGUUGAUGUCCAUCACCGCACAAUUGUGGAGCGAAAAUUGAGCCCCGUGGGUAUUCUCAAGCCCCUAGACAGCCUGAUUCUUUUCCAGGAUGGACAAGUCUACUUCCGUCACGGACUGAUCCGGAGCGCUAUCUUGGAUGUUUUCUCGAAAGGCAAAUUGGUUCCCACGAUCAAGGACCGCCACGCUGACUUGGUCACUCGUUUAUUGAUUUAUAUUAAAACUGUUCUUCCUGAGCAGCAUGAACCGUCUCUUUCUCCCCUAGACUACCAUGAUACCAACAGUCUGAUUCAGAAACACCCUCUCCUUGAGUUCUCUGUUCGUUACUGGUAUCAACACUUGACGCAGACCACGGUUUUCAAGACCCACGGUGAGGUCCAUACUGCUAAGGAGUUUGGCAAGGUCUUCCCCUCGAGUGUUACCUUGUUGCUUCUCCAGAAUACUGUGUGGAGUAACGUCAUUACCCCCCAGAUUGCUCAAGUACCACACUACUACUUGCAACUUUCCAUGAUCACAUUGGCCAUGUUCUACCGUGGCAUCGAGCUUGUGCAUGAUUCUAUUCCUCUCGUCUAUGAGAUCACCACCCUCAGCAAAACUUUGCUUACGACUCGCCACCUUGUCACUAUGAAGAUGGCAAACAUCUUCCUUGAAUUGACUACUACUGAAGUCACAAGCUCUCGGACUGAGAUCAUGAUCAAACGCGAGGAGAUCUACCUCUUGCUUGUCGAAUGCUAUAAAAUCCACUAUGGAAACAACUCCGAGAACGUUGUUACCACUCUACAGGCCCUGAUUGAGCAUUACCGCCUAACGAAGGAGGAGAAGAAGAUUCAAGAGAUUACUGUGAUUAUUCAGUCUAUAACUGGUGUCACCACUGAGAAAGAUACCUCCCACGGUGAUCUCCACGUCCACCUGAGACACAAGCGCCACCACAGUGAUGGAGGCAUUCGUUUUGUCUUGGAUGUUGAAGAGGAUGAGCGUACCUCUGAAGAAUUCGACUUCCAUGCUCUCCUACAGUUGGCUGAGAAGUACCGUGCUGAUGGUCAGAUUCUCGAAGCUGAGCGCGUGUAUGUCGAGAUAUGGCAGCGUGCCUCGCACGAGUGCCGCAUUCAGUCUUCAUCCUACUGGGAGGAGAUCAAGCUAGAGUCUGUCAUCAUCUACUCCAAGUUUCUCAAGCAGGAGAAGAGAGAGACUGAGUCAUCUGCAAUCCUCUCCAGUGUCUGGGAAGAGUACCGCCACUCUAGCCUGACUUUGACAGAGAAGACUUCCCACCACUUCCAAGAGAUAGCAACCAUCAUGGCCUCAGUUGGCCUUACUGCUGCCGCUCUGUCGAUCUUCAAGCAAUGUGCUCAUUACUAUGAGAGUAGAAAUCAGACCAGUUCUUCCCGUUUUGAGGAGAUCAAGAAGAGUAUCACUACUACUUCUGAGCACGUUAUGAAGUCUGCCAGCUCUUCAUCGUCUACCGUGUCAGAAUCUACCUUGGAAGAAAUUGUAUUCGAGGCCUCUUCUUCGCACAAGGUUGACCAGAGCUCCUUCACAGCUACCACUACUCUGGUUGAGCUUUACGUCUCCCAGCACCGCUGGAAAGAUGCCACUCGCGUCACUAAGAAGGUCCUUGAAGGAACUUGGUCCACCUUGUUCGCUGCCUCAAUUCAAGAUGUCAUUCUGCCAAAGGACAACAUUGAGAACACUAUCGAGCUAGCUGAGCGUCUGUGCCAGUGCUACCACUAUCGACGCCGUUUCACCCGCGAGGAGAACAUUCGGACUCGUAUCUACCAUGCGAUCCGUCAUCAUCGCCCCGUGGACGAUAAGAUCAGGGAGCGCAUCACGGUCGAACUUAUUAGAUUCUUUGAGCGUACUUCACAAACCGAUAAGGUCAUCAGCACCUAUCAGGAGCUACUGGAUGACCAGGUCAAGCAUUACGGCCACGAUCACUCCGUCGUUAUCAAGACUCUGUGGACUCUCGCCGAGCUUACUCGUCCCCGCCCAAUCUUCAUUGAGUACUACCAGCGAAUCAUUCGGGCUCUGAACAAAGACUCUCCUCACUGCAAGCCAGAAGCGCUGGAGCCUCUGAUUAUUGUUGCUACUGAGCUAUGGUAUCAGAGCCGCUACUCCGAUGCUGUCGCUUACUUCACCUUGCUCUUCACCACUUUCCUGAGCCACCCCAAGCAGCCCAGAUUUGAGAACACCGUCUUUGUGCAGGAGAUCUUUACACGCUACACCCAUUGUCUCCGCUCAGUUCGUACUGAUUACAGUAUCAUCCAUAAAGUGACUCUUGACUAUUACUCCAAAGUCAAAGCUGUCUUCGGUGCCACCGCUUCGAUCACUAUCCAAGCAACUCUAACUCUUGCUAGAGUGUGCCAGGAGUCCAAGCGCUAUGAGGCUGACGCUAUUGCGUUGUAUGAAGAGCUUCUGAAGAUCAAGUCCACCGAGGUUGACAUUGAGGAAAUUUCGGCGACCCUCGACAGCAUCUACGAAGAGCAGACUCUCAUUGCGACUUCUUCGAACACAACCCUCUCAUCCUCGCAGGUUGAACGGGCUUCGAAGGUCUUGCGUAAGCGCAUUACCACUACCCGAGAGACUCAUGGCUGGGCUCAUGAGGAGUCUCUGUCUAAGCUCAAGGAGAUUGUGUCUUUUCACUCCAAGCACAGCGAGACUGAAAGUGUCCUGAAGGAGCUCAAGGAGUCGACCGUUCAGAUCAUUUCAUCUGAGAGGUCCUCUACCAAGCUCGUUGCCGCUGCUGUCACUAUUGCUAGUAGCUACGUUGCUACCAAGCAAGUGCACAAAGCCACUGAAAUUUCGCAGGAACUUUACCGCCAGAUCAUCAUGAAGGACAGUACAAAUGUCAAAACUUGCCAAUUUGAUCUGACUUCUAAGAGCCGGCAGAGUCUUGUUUUCUUGGCCCAGUUUGAGCAUAGCCUGCAUCAGCACAGUACUUCUGUGACCGACAUCCUCGCAUCGCUGACCACUGAGUAUGUGUAUUUUGAGGAAUUCCGCAGCUUCUGCUCCAGCAAGUCUGUCUCUUUCCACGAGGUUACUAUCUCUGCUUCGCGCCUAUACUACUUCCUGCUUCGUAGCAACCGCCUCGAGGCUUCUUCUCGCGUGUUUGCUGAGCUCAGUGCCUACUUUCUGUCGACUGAAGGAAAGCGUACCAAGUUGACAGACGCGAGCCAAAUCAAGAUAUUCCUCAGCACUAUCUUGAGCCAUUUCAACACUCACAAGUCGUCGGACUUUAUCCGAUCGGUCGGUAUUGCUAGCAACGUCCGGGUUAUUGAACUCCUCAAGUCCCGUCAGUAUGAAGAUGCUCAGAACCUGGCCCUGGCCUCGUUCUACUACAUCUCAUCCCACGAAGUUUUCAGGACCGCCGCCAUCGUGAAAUUCGUUUUCACCCUCGGUAAGAAGCUGCACGGUGUAUCUGCCACUAUCAUCCGAGAGGUUCUCCACGUCAUCGGCGAUCUCAAGAUCAGCUUGGCUCAGAUCAACCUGGACUACCUUAACAUUCUGAUCGGUCUCCUCGGCGAGCAGAAGGAGUACAAGACCCUGGUCUGGCUCCUGGGCGGCCUCUGGUCCAGCCGCAGCCAGCAAACCAAUUGGCCUCCUCAUAUCACCCUCGGUCUUGCCCGCCGCUACAUCCUCGCCCGCUAUCUAGUCGGCGACGCACUAAAGGCCUCCCGUCUGGCUGAGGACAUCGUGUACAACUGCCGACGUGUCAACGGCGCCCGCCACUCGAGCACCCUGGAGAUGUCAACCCUGCUCACCCAGCUGUACACUGGCAUCGCCCAGCGCUACCAGAGCGAGAAGGGCGGGCAGCACAUGGCCAACAAGUACUACAAGAAGGCCGCCACUGUGCACGAGAACAUUCUCCGCGCGUUCAUCGACCCCGUCCUGGCUGACUUCGAGGGCGGCCUUGACAACAGCUUCAGUGUCGACGGCUCCGCUUACGAUUUCAAUAUGGAAGAAGUCACCAACGGCUCCUCGCAGAUCGAUGGUGAGCAUGUCCGUCAUCACCUGCAGCUGCUCAAGCUUGCUGUGCAACGUCUGGGUGACUGGCCUAAGGAGUACAGUGAGUACGAGCGCCUGUACAAUGAUCUCCGUGAGGAAUUCAAUGCAGACCUUGAGGGAGUUGAGAGUGUUCAGAAGUGGAACUUGAAGGGAUUUGGUGCGGGCAAGGCCUCGAGUAAGGAGGAUAGCCUGAACCUGGACGGCAUCUCCUGGGAGCUGGAUCUCCAGCAGAAAGCCGCCAUUGAGGAGGAGGAAGAGGAACUGUAA